AUGGUUCUUUCUACAUUUUUUUUUCUAACUCCUGAUAUUUCCUUGUUUUGCUACUUUAUCAAAUGGCUGUCACCACCUCCUAAAGCUGUUUCUCCUAAGAGGCCAUCCUCUGCAGCGAAAAACAUGCAAGCGAAUAAAGAUAGUAGCGAGAAAGACACUUCUGAUGAGGAAAGUGAAGAUGAGGAGCCUCAGAAAAGGAAGAGUAAAGUUUUGCCCACUGGUGUUCUGAAAUCCAGUGCUAAAGGCGGGAAAACAGAAAGUAGUAAUGAAGAGGAAAGUUCAGAUGAAAGUUCAGAUGAGGAACCACCAAAGGCAAACAAGCCUGUGCAACCAAAGAUAAGCAGCUCAGAUGAAUCAUCUUCCGAAGAUGAAGAAGAAACUUUUGAGGAUGAGGAAGAACCUACCAAAACCCCACAAAAGAAGUUGCAUGGUUUUGUAAAGAAAGAGCAAUUGGAGGAUACCUUUACUCGCACGCAUCUUGUGAUCAUUCCUGUUGGAGUUCCUAGGAAACCAGCAAUGACUAAAGAUGACCUUUUUAAUAUCAAUGCUAACAUUGUUAGGACUCUCUAAAGGAAUUUCAAAGUGCUAUAUGAAAGCCAUUGUCCACAUGGCGCCGUCUGGGACUGGAAUGAACGUGACACUUGUUGGCAUCAAACAUUUGGGGCUGUAAGGAAUUUCAAAGUGUUUGUGAAGUUAUGAACUAUUGUUCUACGAUUCAGUUAAUUUGUUGUGGUGUUGUUUAACUAUCUUUGUUAUGGAUAUUUGAUAAUUUAAAGUCCAAGAUGGUUGAAUUAGCCCAAGAUUUGA